AUGCCAGACUCAACGGGGAAACCUUCACAGGCUCUUGGAUACAUACUUCGCACCACCGUAACCCACUCACGCCUACUUCCAGUUCAAUCUCGACAUGCAUUCACUUAUCCUGUCCUGUCCUUCUUUGUAUCUCUCUCGGAACUUGAAUCUAACAAACUCUCUCUGUUGAAUGGAUACCUCUUUUCAUAUGGAGGGGCUGCGUGCCGCAUCACUGGUCUUCGUGCGUCAGGCUACCUCUACGAAGAUGGCGGUAACGAAAAAUCUAUCCGGAACAAGCUUGUACGAGUAUUGGAAGACUUCGGAAUCCACGAUGCUAUCAGCAUGAAUGACGCGUGGAUCAUGACUAUUCCCAGUUACCUCGGAUACGAGGGUACCAAUCCUUUGACCGUAUAUCUUUGUUAUAUGGAGGGAAGACUAUGGACAGUUGUACUCGAGAUACACAACACAUUUGGAGAACGCCAUGUUCAUAUACUCCAGAUUGGGAAGGACGAAGAGACGCCUGAUAGGGGUUUUGAGCACCAAUGGACAUUCUCCAGAGAGUUUCAUGUUUCUCCGUUCAACGACCGCGCAGGCACGUAUACAAUCUCAGUACGUGCACCAUUCAAUCCCCCCAACGACCCCUUAGCUUCGAAAUUGUACCCCAAACCUGCCGUCCGAGUGCAUCUAAAUGAGCCAUCUGUGGACAAGGACGGUGUCCGAGAAAAGGGCCCUCUCAAGUUGACAGCACUUCAUUGGACGAACACAGCCACGCCGCUCACAACGACUUCUCUCACGACCACAUUAGUCGCUCAGCCAUUCAUCCUGCUCAUGACCCUUCCACGAAUCCUGCGUCAUGCAUAUAUCCUCCAUUACAAGCGGUCGUUAGGAAUCUGGAAGCGACCAGAAAUGCACCCUGUCACGAGAGGCUGGGCCUCCGCCAAGGCAGGUACGCAGGGAUUUGACGAGGGAGAGAAGGUAGUCGGCAAGGACGACCGAAAGAGCAUAAAAGGAGGUGGUGUAUACUGGCAGGUACCAUCCCUCCUCGAAGGUCUCUCCAAAAAGCAUGUUUCCAGCUUUCUAUCUCGACGCGCGAACGAACUUGGAAUGGCGAUUACGCUGAAACCUGGAAACCCAUACCUGCCUACCCAGGCCUUCGUACCACUUCAAGAAGACACGCUCAAAGUUCAAAAGUACUUGACAAUCUCAUAUCUCUCCCCGCGACUGUUCACACUUCUUUUGCUCGCGCCAAGCGCAGAUGCCGCGCUCGUGUUGGGUGGGCCGCAAUCGAUCAGAGGGGGAGAGUUGGGAGAGUUCGUCACUUCUGACGACGGCCUGUUUCGAGAGCUUUUCGCUUUCUCAUCAAGCUCACGUCAUCCUCGAUCGUCCGUUGCUCAGAGCCUGCGCGCCUCGCGCUCCCCACUGGAAACUCGUGGAUGUGAGAAGAUACCUAUUCCGCCAUCUAAUGCACUUGAUCCCGCGGUUCGAGAUGUGACCGCUUGGGUGCCCUUUAUCGUCCUUCUCGGCACCUGUUUUAUUGUUGAGUGGAUCGAGUACUCCAUUUGGAAGAUUGCAGGGGUUGAAUGGGCGUCGAAGCACCUAGAAAGAUCUGCAAGAACAACGACGCUACAACCACAUCGUAAUACCGAGGAGGGGUAG